AUGCCCGCAUUAAGAUUUAAAACUUGUCGUCUACUUCCAGGAAAUGUUCGGAACAGAGAACUGACAAUAAUACAGCGCCGCAUUCUCCGAAGAUUGAGGAACAAGAAGAGAUCUAUUAAGAGAAAGAUUUAUCCGAGACAAAAUCUGAACAGUUACAUCAAAUCACAAACUACACGAAAGUUGUCCCUUUUUUAUGGUUCCAUCACAGAGAUGCACAGAAGAGCAGAACGAACUUCAUAUAUCCCUUUUCCACUCAAUCCAGAAACAAGAUCGGACGUUAUUCCGGUUCGUCUCCAUUUUCGUGAAACUCUUCCUCAAGCAAGGCAGCCGAUCAGUCAUCGAAGGGUUUGUGUGAAUAAUGGAAUGGUCAGCAUUACUCGUUUGAAAGUGUCCCACGGUGACAAAAUCUCUUUUCAAUCAAAUGACGCGAAAACAAGGGGGGAAGAAAGAAGGAGAUCUUUCUAUAUCGAACUAUCAGUUUCUCAAAUAAUAGGCAAAUUCCUGCCGGCUUUAGUGUGGAGAAGAACCAAAACAGAAUGGUUCCGCCUACUCAAAACAAAGAGGGGGUGCCGCCUCCUACUCCAAUCCCGGUUUUUGCAACAGUUGCGUUCGCGUUCUUCUAUGCAAGAAGAAGACUUCGAAAGAAGAAAGUUUGGAUCAGAAAAAGUAUGCUUAGGCAGUUCCUUCGCUGAGCACAACAGAAUGAAGAGGAAUUUGUAUCAUUUCAAAUCCCUCUUCCUAUCGAACGAGAAAAACCGAAAUCGAACAAGAAAUCCUAUUGUUAAUAACGGACAUUUUUAUAGUAAUUCGACCUAUUGCUCUGGAUCCCCCCAUCGGUUGACUAGGAAGAGAAGAAUCACUAAGAUAGAACUACCUACUCAUUAUUCGGAGGUUAAUCAUAGAACACCAAAAGCUGUGGUAUCUUAUGGACCUGACAUAGGUCACAUCCCCCACGACAUCAGAUUGAAAGAUCCAAACCUUCCUCUUCGGAGCAGAAACGGACGUGGCCAAAACAACUAA